AUGGAAAAUGGAAGUGACUCAAUUUUACAACGGCGAAAGCGAUAUGGCUUUCGCCGCAAUGGACGCGUUAUGAAAUCGAAGCCUACACUGCAAAAAGCGUGGGAAACAUACCAUAAUGAACCGCGUCAAUUCCUUGCAUGGCUUGUAAGCAACUUUGACGACCGUGUUUUACAAGACUUAUUAAUAAAGGCAUGGAAAGAAUUUGUCGAGGCGGUACAUAAAGACAAGAAUCCUGAUGAUCUGCUGAUUCGAGAACUGAUGGAGCGCUACAAAUUGAAGCAAAUAGCUAACUUUGUAUGGUUAGCACAGAAGGAUGCGUUUGUGGUGAAUCCGGAGGAGCACGUUUUGCCUAUGACUUCGAUACUGUUCGACACUUGGGAUGGUUUAGUUGAAACAGCGAGAGUUGAACGGUUGACGUUGGAGAUGUUUCACCAACAUGAUUUUUUAAACAGCUACUUGCUACGGCUGUUGUUACUGUACACUAACGAUCGUAAGGUAGAGUUUCCUGCAAAAUUGCUGAUCACACAACUGAAGAAAACGUAUCAAAUGGAUUACAAGAAGGUGGAAUUUGCAAUACUCGAUGCGGAGAGGUUUGAAUAUAUUUCGUCAAAUAUUGCCCGCAGAUUGGAGGAAAGGCUGGGAAGUGCAGUUAAAGGACUCGAAAACUUAAAGCGGACAAAGAGGGUCAGUGCAGAGUUAUAA